GAGACAGAGAGAGACAGAGAGAGACAGAGAGAGACAGAGAGAGACAGAGAGAGAACGCUUUACCGCAGUAUCACUACAUUUCUGCAUCACUCAUCAAAACUCUGCGGCAUGCUAACUAGAUCUGGGGGAGGGCUCAUAUCGGGUUUGUGCUGAGCGUAGUGUCAACACCACCGUCGUUUAGUAUAGAUUGACUGUAAUUAGAUACAGUAGCACGGAGCCGCCGGAUUGUUCAUCCUCUUCUUUCAAACAGCUCGUCAUUUGUGUGCUCGCUAACGACUUUCUGCACCCUAUCUGAGUAAAAUAUUUCACAUCUCACCAAAACGCCUAUUACAUUAGGUUAUAACGCCCGGUAACAGUCCGUGGAUUAAACUAAUUUAGCAAAAUGGCAAAGGAUGCUGAGAAGAGCACUUGGAAGGACUUCAUAUGGAACUCCAGGACCCGAGAAUUUUGUGGCAGGACAGGGAGCAGCUGGGGCCUCAUCCUGCUCUUCUACCUAGUGUUCUACAUCUUCCUAGCAGGCAUGUUCUGCCUCACCAUGUAUGUCAUGCUGCAGACCUUGGAUGACUACAAACCCACCUGGCAGGACAGGCUUGGCACACCAGGCAUGAUGAUCAGACCCAGGGGAAAGGCAAUGGAGAUCUCCUACAACACCACCAACACUGAGACCUGGGACAUGUACAUCAAGACACUGGACAACUUCCUCUCCCCCUACAACAACUCUCUGCAGGCUGAGAAGAAUGAAGAGUGCACACCGGACCAGUACUUUGUUCAGGCAGACAGUGGUGAUGUGAAGAACAACCCCAAGCGCUCCUGCCAGUUCAACCGCACCAUUCUAGAAAAAUGCUCCGGCCUUGAUGACCAUACCUAUGGAUACCAGGCUGGCAAACCAUGCAUCAUCAUCAAACUGAACCGGGUCAUUGGGAUGUUGCCAGGAAAGGAUGGCCAGGCUCCAUUUGUCACUUGUGGAGCGAAGAGGUACAAGGUUGGCAAAGAUGAAUGGAAAGAAGACUCUGAUAAGAUUGGAGAGGUGGAGUACUACCCUGAAAAUGGCACCUUCAACCUCAUGUACUACCCUUACUAUGGCAAGAAAGCUCAGGUGAACUACUCCCAGCCGCUGGUUGCCAUCAAGUUCCUCAACAUAACCCUCAAUGAAGACAUCAACAUCGAGUGCAGGAUCAUCUCCAACAACAUUCCUCCUGGGAGUUUAAGAGACAAGUUUGCGGGGAAAGUUUCUUUCAAACUGAGGAUCAACACUAAAGGCUAGAUGUACAUUCUCUCUCACUAACAUGUCCACCCACCUCUACAUUCUGUACACAGGCACACACACACACACACACACACACACACACACACACACACACACACACACACACACACACACACACACACACACACACACACACACACACACACACACACACACACACACACACACACACACACACACACACACACACACACACACACACACACACACACACACACAGAGACAGAUAACAGAAUUAACACCCUCCGUUUGUCGAAUAGAAUAUGUUUACAACUUCCAUUUACCCUCGAUGUCGGGCAUUGUAUGCCCAGUGGAGUGAUGAUGUCAGAAUGGUGGAGUUAAACGGGUGGUAAUUAUGUCUCUGUUUCUGUGUGUGAGCUUCCAUUCCUUUCUGUAAAUUAGUUUGAGGUGAAGUCUAUUUAUACUGCAUGACUAACUAGGGGAUAUAGUGGACAUAAACAUGUAUGAUUUCAAAGUUUGCAAGGAGAAGCAACGCCUCUUACCAGUUUACUGUUGCUCCUUCAUCUCUGCCUCCCUAUAGAGUGCGCCUCUAUAUACAAAUAUACACAAAAUACAAUACAACCGUGUAUAUCUAUUUAUAUAUCAUAACCUUAUAUCAGUAUGUCUAUUUUGUUGCGCUUGAAAAUAAUCCAACAGCUAAAACAUAUGAUGAAAAAACAUCUUUUUGUGGAUGAAGGGAGAGAUGGAGACAUUUUGCAUGUGUGUACUGUCUUUAGUGCCCUAAGAAGGCGAGAGGCCCCAUGUCUCAGCUCUCUGCUCUGCUCUGCUAUGUGGGAAUUAUAAACGAGGCUAUGUUAAACUGCUGGCCACCAGGAGGGACCACGCUGCACUCUGCAGUGAUCAUCCAUUUGAACCCAUAAGAAGAUAGCAUCUCCAACAUGGGGAGCUACAGAGGUCAAGACCUUUGAGUCUGUGUGUGCGUGUGUAUGUUUGUAUGUGUGUGAGUAUGUACUGUACAUUUCAUUUGUAUAACCAAAUUCCAUUUGCAAGACAGAAUGCAUACUGUAGGUCGGGAAGAUGCAUAUGCAACGUGCAAUAUUAAUUAAGAAUGACACAUCAUGCACAUUAUACAUAUUAAACAGGACUCUUUUGUCAUUAACACUUGAAUUGCACAUGGUCAUAAAUCGGAUUAUCUUCCAUAACAUGAAUAUACACUUCAUUGUCCUUCCAUGGUUUAUGUUCACAUCGGUGUUCCUACAGCUCAAGGCUCAGAGCUAGUUUGUUUGUUCAUAGUUUUUUGCAUGUGCAUCGCAUCUAUUGACAUGCCUCCUAUACAUAUAAGAAAGAGAUGUUGUUCUUCUAUUUUGUAUUGAUUUGCACUGGUUUGUGUUUUUCUUGUGAAGACGAGAUGCUUAUGGUUCUGUGGAGAAGGAAAAAUAGAGAGUUUGUUUUGUUUCUACGUUUGUUGAAAUUUAUAUUCAAACAUGUGGUACCAUUUGAAUCAGUUAUACAUGACUUGUUACUGCUGUAAUAGUGCAUCUCAGUUUGAAGGCUGUCUCCAACAUCUGAUUACAUCGGCCAGAAUGUCUGUAAGGCUGGUUUGGUGAUAACGGUAAUCUGUUUGAUUUAUUUUUAUUUUGGUAGGAAUCUCUACCAUUACAUUGCUUUAAAAAGGGUGCAACAGACCAACCAACCUUGUAGUUGGAGGGUGUACUAUAACUAAAAGCACCUACAGUUGAUCAUGGGCAAGAGCGUUUAUGAACUUGCUCUAGAAUGAUGGUCAAUGUGCUGGCGCACAGAUGCCCUGGAUGUGCUGCUGACUUGGGGCUGGAUUCAGUCCGUAACACUAAACUUCGGCAUACAGAUUCAAUCCAGCCCUUGAUUCUGGACACAUAAUGAGGAAAACCAGUUGAGGAAUCUAUGGAUCUGAGCGAGUGCUGCUGAACACUGGCUGUGACAUUGUGGCAAUGUGACUCUGAUCCUUCUUCAACGUCAUAGUGACACUUUUAGAACCCUAGCAUCUGUUCACUCAGCUUAAGGGUUGGGUUGACUUUUAGGACCUUUCUUCGCUCAGUCAGUAUAAGGUGUAUAUCAAUCAAUUUUCCUUCAUUUUGGUUGAAGUUGCACCUCAGUAAUAUCAUCAUCAUGAAGACUUGACAGUAUAACAAUAAUCAGUAUAUAAAUAAUCUGUUUAGUUUGAUAGCUGUAUAAUACACGUUGAGGAUUGACUGAACAAAGUCAAUUGACUCCAUGCUAAACAUCCAUGUUGCGUGUGGCCUACCAAUAGUCCUUGUUUUUGACAUUGUGAGACAAUGGAGUGAACAGUGCUACUUCCUCGUUAGCAUUCCUGCUCCACUCAGUCUGUUUCGCAUGCUGAGAUUCCACUGUAAUCUCUUAAUCUGGUCAGAUAAUCUAGAGCAGGUACUUUAUCCUCUCUUUGUAGUUCCUCCUUCCUGUGUCAACCCCCCUCCUUCUCUCUUUUGUCCACACACACACACACACACACACACACACACACACACACACACACACACACACACACACACACACACACACACACACACACACACACACUCACACUCACACUCACACUCACACUCACACUCACACUCACACUCACACACACACACACAAUCAUCCACCCUUUCUGUUACAAUAUGUCUGGUGAGGAAUGACUAUGUGCUUGGUUCCACAGUUCCUUUCAGGUCUAUAUUAUUAUUAUCAUGGUUUUAUACAUAUGACCCAUGUUUUGCCAUGUUGUAUCACAAUGUGUUUUGUCCUAUGAGCCCAUUCCAUUCAUAAUUCAAUCUACAAGUAAAUGUGUAUCCAUGGUGUGUGUAGCCACACAAAUACAUAUAUGUGGAUAUAUUCCAAUUGUACAAUUAAUGCUUUCCUUUUCUGCCUACAAAAAAGUAGUCCUGCCAGAUUCCCUCCAACCAAAGAUAUUCAUGAUCAUUUUAUAACAGUAUGAAAUAAUCGUGCUGCAACUACAGACCACAGAUCUCUAAGAGAAAGGGUUUAGUUUAUGAAGGAUGAAGGAAGUCCUAUUCUUAUAUAAUGCUACGCACAGAAGGAGCAGGUGUCACUAAAUAACAACAGUGCCUCCUGGUGGGUGGACAGAUGUGUUGUUCCCCAAUAUCGCCGAAUGUUAUUUAAUGUUAUCUCCAUAUAUCCGUUUUUAUAUGAUAAUUUGGAGAUGUCUUCAAAAAGCAAUAUAUUCAUUUCCUGUGUUGCUGAUGAUGUUUUUAUUCUUGGAAUGGCUGUAACAAGUUUAUAGUAGCAUUAAUCAUCAUGAGAGCGAGGAAGAAGACAGAAAGAACAUGUAAAUAUUAUGUUCACAAAUAGAUAUACAGUUAUAUGUCUGCCAAUGCACAUCUUCAAGAUUGAACAAUAGAAACACUUAACAGUUUUGUUUUCAAACGAGAUAAAGUAUUUUUAUUGUUAUUUUGUUGUAAAGAGGAGAUUAUGUAUUAGCUUUGGAUUGUAAUAAGACAGGGGUGCUACCUGGUAGGUGUUUGACCUGUAACCUCUUGACUCUUGACCUCUUGACUCUGGUUGAACACAUACCAAGUAUGGUUGAAUGUAGAACACGUUUCUUUUUUGGUUACCAUCUUUCUCCAUUUUGUUUUCAACCUUGCAGUAUUGAAUGUUUGCAAUGAUGAGCGCUCCACUCUUUCUCAGUCAUUGUCUACUGGAUACUCUUUCAGAUGAACAGUGCAUGUCUUUAUAUGGGCCACAGUAUGAUGAGAUGAAGGAGGGUGUCAUCUUGGUUUGCUCAGUUACACUGAUUCAACAGAAAGCUGCAUAUUUACAGUAACUGCAAUGGAUGUAUCCUCAAAAACAGCACAAUUACUUGCCUGUGACCACUGCAUGUGGCAAACUAGUGUGAACUACCUAUGUGUUUCAAACUCACUUCUGAAGCAGCAAGACACAGCUUUCCACAAAGGUCCACCCUGAAAAGAAUAGCAAACGUAUCCCUGAUUUAAGACUAUCUCGAAUCCGACAGAUAAUUCAAAAGGAUCUAAGGCAGAAAUCCUUUGAAACACAUUGGGAUAUUCGCACCAAAAAAUGAAAAUGGCUGAUAAUUCUAUUUUCUUUGGAUCUUUUCUUGCUGUUAUUGUAUUUAUAUAUCUUUUUUGCUCAUGUUCGAUGUGAAAAAAGGAUAGAGAAAUCAAUAAACGUGAUUGAAAGAAACAA